AUGCGUUCCAAAGCAAAGCUCAUGUUAGGAAAUCCUUCAGAUCAUGUAGAUUUCAAUAGGAUUGAGAAUGCAUUGGGGACGAGUCAUCAACCUUCUCAAAAACCAUCUGUGGUGCAAACGGUACCGGAUGAGAUCAACAAGCAAGCAUCUGAAGUUGCGUCUUCUGUGAGUAAGAAGAAGAGUUUUAAUGAAGAGUCGGUGAGAAUUUCCGGUGAACGAUUUGAAUACGAAAAUGAAUUGAGUAUUGGACCCAGAGGUAUUGAUCGUGAAAAGACUCCACUCUCAACACAAUACGUAGACUCUUCAAUUUUUGAAUUUCCAACAAAUUUAAAUUGUACAACCUCUGCCGUCGGCCAACCUCAAGAAACAACUACUUCACCCGUAAUGGGCGAUGAUAAUUUAAAUUCCAUGACUGGAUUAAUCCGCUAUGAAGAAUUGUCUGGUUUUGUGAAAUUGGGAAGCGGAAGUUCUGCUUCUGUGUUUAAAGUUUAUCACACUCCAAGUUCUGAGAUCACUUUUGGAGUCACUCCUCAACUAACUUCGUCGAGCUCUCAGGGAGAAUUGGAUAGUGAAGACUCUGUGAAAGAAGACAACAAGAAACCCAACAGACAAGUUUAUGCCAUGAAGAAAAUUUAUGUUGAAAAACAGCUCGCAAAAUCGAUCAUUCAUGAAGUGAAAGCCCUCUACACGAAUAGAAAUCCUCACAUUAUCAAGUUACUAGAUUCUUUUUAUAGAGAAGGAGCUAUUUUAAUGAUUUUGGAAUAUAUGGACUGUGGAUCGUUGGAAGACGUGAUAAAAAUCACAAAGAAAGUUCCAGAAAAGAUUUUGAGCAAAAUGACCUACCAAAUAUUGAAAGGAUUGAAAUAUAUUCAUGAGGAAUGUUACAUCAUCCACAGAGAUAUAAAACCAGCCAAUAUUCUGAUAAAUAGUAAGGGAAUAUGUAAAAUUGCAGACUUUGGAAUGAGCGGAUUUUGGAUCAAAUCAAAAUUGGAGGAAAUUCAAAAAACGGCAAAAUUUGACACGUUUUGUGGAACAUACAGUAAGUUUAUUCCCGAAAGAAUUCGAGGCCAAUCUCACAGCUUUGAUAGCGAUAUUUGGAGUCUUGGAUUAACUAUUGCACAAUUGGGAAUGGGAAUAUUUCCAUUCACGCUAAAACCUGAGUUCACCAUUUGGUCCAUGUUUGAACAUUUAGAAGAAACAGGAAGUGAACCGUUCCCAAUCGACGAAAAGGAAUAUUCUCCAGAAUUCAAAUCUUUCGUUUAUCAAUGCAUGACAUUUGAUCGAAAGAAACGGCCUUCUGCAUCUCAACUCAUGAAUCAUCCCUGGAUCACAAAAUACAAGAAAGACGAAGAAAAGAUGAGAAAGAGUGUUGAAAAGUGGGUCUAUCGACGCUACAUUGCAGUGAAACGACACAACGUGAAACAAAAGCAGAAAGAAGCCUCCUCUUCUUCCUCUUCACAAGAGCAACAACCUCCAUCUUCUUCAUCCAAACGAUAG